UCCAGGAUCUUGGAAUCCUCCUCCGGCUGGGUCUCUUCCGGUGUAGACUGUCGCUUGGCCCUGUGGCAUCCGUUUGCCCUGCGUCUGGCGGGUGCCGGGCCAUCCAUCGGGAGGACACGGACGCCGCGGUAGUCAAGCCACAAUGGAACAGUUGACCUUCAGGGAUGUGGCCAUUGAUUUUUCUGGAGAGGAAUGGGAGUGUCUGAACUCUGAACAGCAGAAUUUGUAUACCGAUGUGAUGUUGGAAAACUAUAGGAACCUCGUCUUCCUGGGUCUUGCUGUGUCUAAGCCAUAUCUGGUUACCUGUCUGGAGCACAGGGAAGAGCCCUGGAAUGUAAAGAGGCGAAAGGCCGUGGCCGUGUUCCCAGCUGUGUCUCCUCAUAAUAACCAAGACUUUUCGCCAGAGCAGAGCAUAAACUAUUCAUUCCAGAAACUCAUCUACGGACCUCGUGGAGAUUGUGGUUUUGACAGCUUGUGCUUCCCAGACGGAAGGGACCAUGUAGAGGAGGGUGACAUCCUGAGAACCUGUUAUAACGGGCAUGACCCAUUUCUGACAGCUGACAAGAGCAAAAGCUUUGCUCCCAGGAGAGAUCAAGAGCAAGAAAUGGCUCAGGAAACCCCUCAGGUUAUGCCAGUCACUGGGGGAGAGCCAUGCGCCUCUGUCGGUAAACAUCAGGGUCAGGUGUUGAAACAUACCCCUUCUUUCAAGGAUAAUUUGGGAAAUCCACAAAGGGAUCUAGUUCAUUCUUCAGCUGCUGACUUCAACAAUUUCAAAUGUAGCUUUGGGUUAAGCUUUCAUUCAAACAUUUUUGUAGAUGGGGAACUUAAAAAUGAAGGAAAAAAUUCUAGAUGUAAUCAAUUUGAGAACUCCAUCAUGGAAAAUUCAUUAGUAUACAAUCAACAAAUAGGUCUUUCAUGUGUCAAAACACAGAAUUCCCAUAAGUAUGGCAGGUUCUUUGCACAUCCAAUAUCCCCCAACCAAAAUUCAAGUACAGACAUUUUGGAAAUUCAGUAUAUAUGUAAAGAAAAUAGGAAGGCCUUCACUGAGGAGGCCACCUUAAGUAAUCCCCAGGGCAUGUAUAUUGGAGAGACAGUUUAUCAGGGUAAUGAAAAUAAUAAUGACAUAACCCAAGACUCAAAUCAUGGCAAUCAUCAGUCUGCGCAUUUGUACAAAUGUUACAGAUGUGACACAGUCUUCCAUCAGUACUCAGAACUUAUUAUCCAUCAGUAUAUCCAUAUUCAAGAUCAGAUUUCCAAGGAUAUGGAUUGCAACACAGCUUUCAAUCAAAGUUCAAGCCUUACUAGAAGUCAGGCUGGAGAAAAACCCUACAAAUGUAAGGAGUGUGGCAAGGCCUUUACCUAUUGUUCAAGCCUUAGGCAACAUCAUAGGAUUCAUUCUGGAGUCAAACAGCACAAAUGUAAAGACUGCGGCAAAGCCUUCUACCAUAAGUCACUCCUGACGCAGCACCAGAGCAUUCAUGCUGGGAAGAAACCCUACUGCUGCAAGUUCUGUGGUAAGGCUUUCAACCAGAGGUCGACUGUUACUCAGCACCAGAGAAUUCAUACUGGAGAGAGACCCUACCAUUGUAAAGACUGUGGGAAAGCGUUUCAUCAAAGAUCGAGCCUUAGCCUACACCAGAGAGUUCAUACUGGAGAAAAGCCCUACAAAUGCAAAGAUUGCGGCAAGGCCUUCAACCGGAACUCACUCCUUACUCAGCACCAGAGAAUCCAUACUGGAGAGAGGCCCUACCAUUGUAAAGACUGUGGCAAAACUUUUAAUAAAAAAUCAAGCCUGACUCAACACCAGAGAAUUCAUACUGGAGAGAAGCCCUAUUCUUGUAAAGAGUGCGGCAAAGCUUUUAAUCAAAGGUCGAGCCUCAGCUUACACCAGAGAGGUCAUACUGGGGAGAAACCCAAUAAAUGUAAUGAAUGCGGCAAAGCCUUUAAUCGUGUUUUUUUCCUUACUCAGCAUCAGAAAAUUCAUACUGGCGAGAAGGCUUACCACUGUAAAGACUGUGGCAAGGCGUUUAAGCAGCGGUCCAGCCUGACUCAGCACCAGAGAGUCCACACUGGGGACAAGCCCUAUCACUGUAAGCACUGCAGCAAGGCUUUUACUCAGAGGUCAAGCUUUACUCGACACCAGAGGAUCCAUACUGGAGAGAAGCCCUACAAGUGUCAAGAUUGUGACAAAGCUUUCAGCCGCAACUUACUUCUUAUUCAACACCAGAGAAUCCACACAGGAGAGAAGCCUUACCACUGUCAAGAUUGCGGUAGAGCGUUUAAUCAAAGAUCAAGCCUGACUCAACAUCAGAGGGUUCACACUGGGGACAAGCCCUUCUGUUGUAAAGACUGCGGCAAGGCCUUUACUCAGAGAUCGAGUUUUAACCGGCAUCAGAGGGUCCACACUGGGGAGAAGCUGUACAAAUGUAAAGACUGCGACAGCGCCUUUAAGUGCAGUUCCCACCUUGCUGAACACCAGUGCCCCUCAUUAGGCAGCUGCUUCGAAGACACAAAGUUUCUCCAAUAUAUGUGAGUUUAUUGUUCUGUCACAGACAGUUAGCAAACACAGAUGGACUUAUUUUGAAAACAUGUAAUAUGUUUGAUUAUAUGAAAGGCACUUUCUGUUGCAAUAUCAAACUGGAUUUCCAGAACCACGUCCUGGUUUAAUUAAGUAAUAAUAUUUUUAAUUCUUGUCA